UUCCCGUAAGUUCGUGGGACAUCAAAACAAACAAGAGUCGUUGAAGGUGAGGUCAGUGUGGUCUUGUCCGGCUGGACUUUCCCAGGCAGUCAACAUGCUGAAAUCGUGCUGCAUUUACUGCUCUGGCUUCUUUUCACUCUCCAUCCUCAUCGUGGGGAUUGCAUUGGUUUUGUCCAACGUUUUUCCACAGCUGGUGCAGUCAGUGGUCAAAAAGCAAGUGGUUUUAGAAAAUGGCACAAUGGCGUUUGAUGCCUGGGAAAGUCCACCGGCACCGAUCUACAUGCAGUUUUAUUUUUUUAACCUGACUAACCCCACUGAGGUACUGAGUGGAGCCAGGCCUGCGGUGGUGGAGAUUGGACCAUACACGUACAGGGAGUACCGACCGAUGGAGGACAUUGAUUUUCUUGACAAUGGCACCAAGGUAGCGGCAGUCAACAACAAAACCUACAUAUUUCAGCCAAACAUGUCCAGAGGUCCUGAGAGUGACCUGAUCCGGACAGUGAACAUCCCUGCUGUGACUCUGAUGGAGCGCUUCAAAGACAGCGCUUUCGCCACUCUGAUUUCGUCUUACAUGCGCUAUACUGGUGAAACUCUGUUCACCACUCACAGUGUGGGAGAGUUCCUGUGGGGUUAUGAGGAUGCUCUGCUCAAAGCCCUGCAUAUCUUCAUGCCUCAGCUGGAUGAAGACUUUGGCCUCUUUUACAAGAACAACGGCUCUAAUGAUGGACAGUAUGUCUUCCGCACCGGCCUGGAUGACUACAAAGACUUUGCCCGGGUUGAUACAUGGAAGGGUGAAAGCUCCCUGAGUUGGUGGUCUUCUGAUCAGUGCAACAUGAUAAACGGAACCAACGGUGCAUCUUUUCAUCCGGUCAUCAGGAAGAAUGAGACUCUGUACAUGUUCUCCUCUGACCUGUGCAGGUCUCUGUAUGCUCUGUAUGAGCAGGAAGUGACAGUGAAGGGCAUCCCUGGGUAUCGCUUUGUCCCCCCCAGCGAGGUGUUUGCUAAUUUGACCGUGAACCCAGCGAACGCAGGCUUCUGUGUUCCAGCUGGAAACUGCCUCGGCUCCGGCGUCCUCAAUGUCAGCGCCUGCAAACAAGGAGCUCCCAUCAUCAUGUCCUCGCCCCAUUUCUACCAGGCGGAUGAGAAGUUUGUUCAGGAUGUGUUCGGUAUGAAGCCGAAGAAGGAAUAUCACGAGACGACCAUAGAUAUCCAUCCGCUCACUGGGAUCGUCGUGCGAGCUGCCAAGCGUCUCCAAAUCAACGUCUUUAUUGAGAAAAUUCCCAGAUUCAGCCAAACAGGAGACGUGCCCACGGUCAUCAUGCCUGUGUUGUACUUAAAUGAGAGCGUUGUCAUCGACGACGCCUCUGCAGUGAAGCUGAGGUCCAUCGUCUUGAUGCAGAACGUGGUGGUCAACAUUCCCUUCAUGCUCAUUGGUCUGGGUAUCAUCCUCGGAGUCGUUUUCAUGAUCCUCAUGUGUCGCCAGAAGGUCCCUGAGAGCACUGUUGACGAGCGGCAGCCAUUGCUAACCUCUUAGCACCAGGCGUUAAUGCUCCCGCCGAAGCGGAACGUCACAGUCUGGAUUCAUCGGAAACGCUGUGUAAUUUAAGAAUUAAGCAUCAGCUUUAUUGCCAUGGUCUGUGAGAGUCCCACCAACUAGGACAGUGCUUUGGAACAACGUGCAAACAUGAAUGAAUGAAUAAUCAUAAUAUCAAAUACAAAUGAAUUCAAGUAAACAGUAAUAAUAGAAGUAACUAAUAAAUAAAUAACCCACAAACAAUUCAAGGCACAUGCGCUUGAUGCCUCAAUCAGGAUCCAAAACAUUUUUCUCAAAUCAACAUGGUUACGAAGCUAUCCAAUUUUAAAGAACAAAAAAGAGUGGAUAGGCUGUUUUAUGCAAGGUUUUUAAAACUCCUCUAAUAGCUUUUAACACGGUGAUGCCUGGAUAUCUCUUUGUAAGGAGAUCAAUAACCAAGGAAGGAUUUUUUCUGGACAUUUACAGUACUUCACUGAGUGCUUUCUCCUCUUCUAUUCAGUCUAUCCGCUCAGACUCGUGUAUAAAGGGAACGUUAAUUGAAUGGGUAAUAUAAAUGUACAUGGAACAUAAGCGAACGUGGCACUGCUGUUUGAUGAGUGUUUUCUAAUUUGAUGCCAUUUUGAUGUGUUUUAAAAUAGCUGCUGUUUUAAUGCUUGACAAGUGUUAUUUUGUACCGUUGUGACUCCACCCAGUAGAAUGUUAUGCUCAAACCUGAUGGGAGUUGCUGCCACAGGUGUUUUACCGUUUACAUGUGAUCAAGCACGUAAGAGCGUCUCGUCUGGCUACGCACCAUUUGUCUAACGCAUGAUAUACCGUUCAGGCUCAGUCAAUGUAACUCCCACUGGUGUCUGCACACCCCAUCACUGUUGAGAUGCUGCUCGUUGGUCAGACGUUUAACUUCUUGCACAUUGUCUUGUUCAACAGCCCAAUAAACCAAGUUUGCUUCA